AACCUGUAAUCUGAAUUUCGCGUCGUGUGCCACUGUGAUAUUGUGACUAUGGAUAAUAUUUUUGGGAAGGAAGAUUCUGGAGAUGAAAAAGAGAACGAGCAUAAAAAUGUUGAAGACCAUGGAGAUAACAAAACUACUCUUUCACCAAAUUUAGAAUCCAAGGAUAUUGAAGCUAUGGAGACUGAUAAAGUUAAGGCAGAAUCGGAUACAAUAAAUUUGCAAUUGCAAUCAGAUACUGAGGAGACUGAAAACACAGAAUCUAAUUCUACCUGCCCAGUUGUAGACGAUCAAAUACAGAUUGUGAAGCAUGAAUUUAAUAUGAAAGUAGAAGAACAAACUGCUGAAGAUAUAUUUAGUAAUGACAUUAUGAUACCUCGUGCCAAUCUAAUCAGUAUAAAAGAAAGACGGGAGAGUAAGGAGAAGAGCAAAAAGGAGAUAGAAGAAGAGGAGAGAGAGAAGAUGCAAGUGCUAGUAUCUAAUUUCACUGAAGAUCAACUGGAUAGAUAUGAAAUGUACAGACGAUCCGCAUUUCCAAAAGCAGCUAUAAAGCGGAUCAUGCAAACCAUAACAGGUUGUUCAGUAUCUCAAAAUGUUGUUAUAGCUAUGUCGGGAAUCGCUAAAGUAUUUGUUGGCGAAAUUGUUGAAGAAGCUUUAGAUGUUAUGGAGGAGCAAAAUGAAACUGGCCCAUUACAACCAAAGCACUUGAGAGAAGCUGUCCGGAGAUUGAGGUUACAGGGUCAAGUAUCGAAUGGUCGAGCACAUAAAUCUUUCUUUAGAUUAUAAUUAGUCCCACAUUUGCAAUAUAUUAUAAUGUUUCUCUUACUGCAGGAUCCUACUGUACUGUUUAGAUUAGCGUAACCUAAAUAAUAUAAUUCACCUAGAGAUU